AUGGACCUGGAACUGCCGACUUCAUCUUCUCUCGCGAUCUCAUCCUCUCUAUCUGGGACUUUCGGCGUCCAAUUAAGCAAUGCUAUGAACACCUCGGAUCAGGGGCUAGACGCAUUUCGGAAAUUUUCCGACAUGCUGAAGGAAUCAUGCGAGAGAUACAGCCCACCAGUAGAUGACCCCAUGCGAUGGAAGUCGUGGUUCCAGGAGUGCGGCUUCGAGUCAGCAACAGAGAAGAUCUUCAAGAUGCCAUGCAGUCCCCGGACGAGAGGAGCGUCUCAAGCCAAGAAUGGUCUCGAGACUAUCUCAGAAGGCCCUUGGCAUAUCAGAAGCAGAAAUCAUCGUGUUACUGGCGGAGUUGAGACGAGAUCUACGCAAGCGGAUAUGCACGCAUACUGGCACUUGUAA